AUGCGGUUAUCACUUGCGCUGGUGGUCAUCUAUACGGUGUGUGGCCUGUUUGUGCUCGCGACACAGAUCUCCCAUGAAGCGCUCGGCAAUCAUGGAGAAAUCGCCGAUAUAGCGCCACGGGCCACAGACUCUGACGCUACCACUGCGGAGCCUACGAAGACAGAGACAGCCUCAGACGAGACUGAAACCGCGUCAAAUGAGGAACCAAGCGACCGCGAAACGGCAACGGCGACAGAGAGCACAACGACAUCAGCCACUGGCACCACAACAUCGCCGACGGAGACCCCCUCAGGACCGGUGAAGAAUGAAACGAGCCCCGUCGCACCCGGUUCUUUGCCUUUGAAGCCCGAAAUCACACCGGCUCUGGGUAUCAGCGGAUUUAUUCUUUUGACAACCGGCGCAAUCCUAGCGCUGAUAGGGAUACGGAAUCUUUGGGUUCAGGUCUUCCUUUCUACGGCGUUCUUGACCAGCCUGGGAGUAACCGUCCUGAUCGUAUAUGUAAUGAACCCACCCGUCCGGGUGGCAGUACAAGGGGCAUAUCUCGUGGCGGUGUUUUUCACCGGCAUAACAUUCGGCGCGCUGUCAAUCGUGUUCAAAGAACUGACCGAAGGGCUCGGCUGUCUACUAGGAGGAUUCUGCGUCAGCAUGUGGCUCCUUUCUCUGAGCCCGGGUGGUCUUCUCAAAGACUCGGGUUCCAAGAGCGGCUUCAUCGGUGCCAUCUCCGUCGGCUGCUACGCGAUGUCAUUCAGCCAAUACACGCGCCCGUGGGGACUGAUCGUGUCGACUUCAAUUGCAGGAGGCACGGCCGUCGCGCUUGGUAUCGACUGUUACAGCCGAGCCGGGCUGAAAGAAUUUUGGCUCUACAUCUGGGGACUCAACGAAGACAUAUUCCCGCUGGGAACGAACACUUACCCCGUAACGCGGAACAUCCGCGUCGAGCUCGCAGUAACCGUCAUCGUCGCCAUCCUGGGCGUAAUAUCACAGCUCCGGCUGUGGAAGAUCAUCCGCGAGAAGCGCCGCAAAGACGAAGAAGUGCGUCUGGAGGAGCAAAAGCGAGACGAAGAAUCGGAAGCCGAGACCGCGCGACAUCUAGAGGAGAAAAACAUACGCGAGCGCAACGAAUGGGAGACCAAGUACGGCGAUCCCAACUCCGUGACCGAGCUCCCCGACGACGAAGAGAAAUGCCGUGACCCCGCCCAGCUAAAUAAAGGGGAAAUGCAAAGUAUCUCGAGUUCCUCGUACUCCGAGAAAUCUCACCGGUGUUCCGACUGUCGGGAGAGAGCCGACAACGGCGAAUCCGCAUAUGCGUCUACUGAAUCCAGCAGCAGCAGCGGGUCAUCGAGACCAGAUACCUCGAGAGGCUCAGUGGACGAGAACGAUACUCCGCACGUCAAGGUCUUUGACGGGGCGGCCGCCUCCAAGAUCAAGGAUGACCGAGCCUCUGAGGUGACCGCUAUCCUUGGCUCAGACACAGCUACUAUCCGCUCGAAGCGUUUCUCCGGGAAGUCCUUCAAUAACCUGAGAAGGAUGUCCGUCAUGUCCAGAAACAGCAUGGGCCAGAUCUCCCAGUCUCGAGAGGCGCUGAUCUCUCGCGACGAUGGCUCCUCCGUCCAGGGUAUCGCGGACGAGGCCAGCGAUGCUGAUUCAGAGGUUCCUACAAUGGCUGCGGGGGAUCCUCGCGAGAUGAAGGAUGCCACCGAGGUUGAUAGGGAAGGUUCUUCCGUUUACUCCAAGGAGCAAGAUGCAGUUGGAAAAGUGGAAGCGGAAGGAUCUCCGAAAGAUACUGCUGGGGAUGGCGACAGUGCAGACACUUUGAAAGACACUUCCAAAGACACUCCCAAGGAAGAAAAAGUCGAACAAUCUUCUAAUCUUACACCCGAUGCGGCGGCCCAGCUCCUGUCAGAGGAGACGCAGCAAACCCCUCUAGACGACAACCCAGCUUCUGCGGACCAAGACAAAGCAGCGUCGAGCAAUAUCGACAAGGGAAAGGCCAAAGAGGUACUCGCAGAGCCUGAGUCCAUUGAUAAAACCUCCGAAGGUGUCAAGCAGGAAGAUACGGAACAAACUGCGUUAUCGGCUCCCAAAGGGGAGGUGAAAGCAAAAUCUAAGGAAGGCUCUCGGAAAGAAUCUAAAAAGAAGUCCAAGAGAAAUUCGAAGAAGGAAUCUAGGGAGGUAUCUGACAGUGGCUCCAAGGAACCCAAGUUGAACUCCAAGAAUGAAGACGAGGGUGAAGCCAGAGAGGAAACUAGCAAAGUUUCCCAAGAGGAGGCUGUGGAAUCAAGGAAGGCUUCAAAAGAAACCAAAGGAUCUCCAGAAGAGUCCGAGGGACUGAAAGAGGGGCCUAAGGGAACUUCCGAAGAGAAUUUCAAGGUCUCUAAGAAAGAGCACAAGAAAGCCAAGAAGCGAAGUCGAGCAGAGCCAUCCCCCAAGUCUACGCCAAUUGCAGGGCCGGAAGAUAAAAUCCAAAGUGAGGAUUCGUCGGCUGAGAAGAACAAGGCCGCCCAACACAAGUCCAGCUCGUCGGAGGAUAGCUCUACGCAUGCAUCGUUAGACGCCGAAAUUCCCCCUCCCCUAAAGCCACGGAAGACCUCAUCUUCCAAGGUGAAAGGAAGUGAAAAGAACCAAUCUUCUUCGUCAUACCCGAAGACUGCGAGCAAGCAGAAGAAAGAAAAGCCCCAAGCACCGCCAAAACUGGAUACGCAGACAGUCAAUCACUUGCCUCAGCGGUCUUCGAGGGUUGUCCAAUGCUAUCGGACGAACGAAUGGGCAAAACACCUGGCCGACGCGGAAGCCCCAGAGCUAGAACCUAUUGAGCCGGUCCAUGAGGGCGAUCCAGACACCCCAGACGAUGCGGGAGAGGCGGCUGCACCGGUCCACGUCGAGGAGCUACUACAAACGCCGCUGAAUGCACAGCCUCCGCCCGCUGUCGAACUCCGGUCCCCAUUGGCAAGGGAAACUUCUAACGCAAACGAAGACAGCCGAAGGUCUAGCGACUCCCGUCGGCACUCUUCAACAAAGAAACGACGAGGAUCUGUUGUACAUUUCGUGCCAACGACUCAUCUCUCCCAGGUGUCAGUUCCCCAGCCACCGCUCGUGCAAACGAUAGCAGAUGAGCCAACGCUAGGCGCGGCUUCUCCUCCGGCAGACCCAUCCAAAGAGGAGAACCAGUCUGCCAAACCGCAGUGGAAAGGGCCCCCGCCGCUGAUUGCGGUGCGCGAGGGCAUGAUGCGUAAUCGGCUGUCCUCGUUCUCGCUCCAUGCCGACCCCUGGUCUUCGCGGAGCAGCCCCGGACAGUCACCGAUCAUGGAGUCUCCGCCCCCGCCCCCUCCAGUCCGACACACCUCCACCACAUACCCGCCGAUCCCCGAAGAAGCAGACGACCUGCCACUGUCGCAGCGCCGGACGAUGCUCCACCAGCGCACCUCGGUGAUCAACCCCCUGAUCAACCCAUUCGUCAACGUUCCGUACCAGCCGCAGCCACGCCGCAGCAGUCAAAACAGUGGUAUGUCCCCUGGGACUCAGCCCCCAGCGAUGGCCGCAUUCCGAGAAUCCGUCCGCGAAGACCUCGAUGACAAGUACGCCCCUCUCGGGACCACGCCGCCGAAGGGGCCCUCCAACCGCAGCGCCUCGGCCCCGUUGGGACAAUCCCUGCGCAAUGCCUCAUCGCAGAGCAUCGGAAGCAUGGCUGGCGACAUGAGCGAUCUCCACCGCGAGGCGAUGCGCCGGAUGCAGGCGCAAGCGAACCGCAACAACACGCUCUCCUAUCCCGCUGAGUCAGCAUCUCCUCCAUCUGCUUUUGCUUCAUCUUUGGGCUCUUCUCCUUCCCCCUCCUUCACCACGGCGUUCCCCGAGUCUUCCUCUUAUUUCCCACCUCUCGACCCGCUAUCUCCCUUGUCGGAAGCGGCGUCGUUCUCGUCCCCCUCGAAUCGGUAUCAUCAACGGGUUCGUCCCCCGCCCGAAACCGCUGAGGCUUCGUGCUCUCGCCUGCCCCCGCGCGGUACCCGACAGUCGCGCCGUCGCUCGAUCGAGUGCCACUCGGUAUCAUCCUCGUUACGCACGUCCUCCCGUGAUCCCUCUCUUCCGCGGCGCAAGAAGUCUUGGGUCUCGUCCACCCCGAUCCUACGGCCUCCCGCCGUCCGACUCGCCAACCCCGUCAACUACGUCCCGCGGAUCACCCCCGUCAUCGUUCCCACCCACGCGCCCUUUGAUAUCUCCGACGAGGAUCUCCCGCUUGAGUCGCAUCGGGACGCCCAUCCGCUCCUGUCGAUCCCCGAGCGGCGUCGCAGUCGAAUCACCCCGUCGCCGAACAGCCUAGUGGUGGAACGCAGCCAGGGGGAGACCGAGAGCGGCCGCUCCAGCAUCGCCUUGCCUCGACGGCAACGGAGGCACAGUGGCGCAUUUGCACGCGACGACCGGUGGGCCCCAGAAGAGAUGUCGGCCCCUCAUGCGAUGAGUCCGGACACACAGGGCUUGCGCCCGCCGGACCGGGCGCAUCUGGGCGCGGAGCUUCCGGCCGGUCCCCCGGGGCCGCCGCUAGAGGACCGCCCGCGACACGUUGCGUCGCAGGCCUCGCUCCGGUCGAAUGCCCCGAUCGCAUCGAUCCCGUCCCACACGGCCCCGGUCGGCGAAGCCGACGUCGCGGAGGAACUGGCCUGGGGACCCGCCCAUCCGUGCUUCCCGCACUUCAACCCGCACGUACCCAUCGGAUCGCAGGAGUACGAGACGACUCGGAUUAUCCGCAUCCGCCGCGACUGGAUGAUCAAGGGCGAUCUGGCCCCGACGUUCUCCAAUCUGUAUCCGGAAAUCCUCGACCCGCUCAUCCCCGACCAGGAAUUCCGCCGGAUCAUCGGCACCGUCAAUGACGCGCUGGUCCAGGCGUUCGACCCGUUCAGCCUGCGGAACUGGGUGGACGGGGUGGUGGGAUUGUUGACGGGCUGGGUGUGGGAGGAUCUCGGGGCGCCGGCCGUCAAGAGUCACCUCCAGCGGGUGGAAGACUGGCUGGAGAAUUGGAACCGAGAAGUGGGUGAAAAGGACGGGGUGCAUAUCUGGAGUCUCCGACGAUCAGCGUACAUGAGCUUGGAUAUUCAGAUUCCCGAUCCCAAGGUGGGCAUCAUUCCGACGCAGUCCAUUGCAUCGCGGCCGGGGAGUGCGAUGUAA